AUGGAGUCCCCGCAAGAGCUGCGCCGCCUGCUGGCGGAGCGCGCGGCCGAGCUGGAGCGCAAGGAGCGGCAGAUCCAGCGGCUGGAGCGCGAGCUGGACCAGCAGGACGCCACCAUCCGCCAUCUGCGCAACGAGAUCGACAAGUUCCGGCAGGUGGUGCGUCCGCUGCACCAGCACCUGCAGGCGUGCGGGGUGGUGGGCGAGGAGCCGCUGGUGCCAGCGCCGCAGCCUCAGCAGCAACUGGUGCUGGGCCGCCCCAAGCGCCAGGCCAUAUCCGCCGAGCCGGUGCUCAACUCGGACCUGCACAUCCGCAAGGUGCCCAAGACCGCAAAGAGAAGAAGGUGGUCGUUAUUUCCUCCAAUUUUAAUAUUAAUUGGCCCUCGCCGACGCGCGACAAUCCAGGGCCCAGCAUCCAUCAGGGCUCCCGCGCGCUCGGCGACAAGGCGCCACGGCCCGGCCUUGCCCGCUUGGGCGGAGCCGCGGGGGCUGGCGGGUCGUUCACCUGCGGGCAUGGACAUCUCUAAGGGAACGGCCAGGCCGGGGCUAAAAGUUUCGCUGUCGGAAACUCAGCAACCUAUAAAGUUCAGGAAUCCCAAACUUGAUAAUAAGACAAACACUGUUGACCAUUACUGCUAUUGCUCUGUGAAUCAAGCCGAAGUUGGACGAAACAUGCCGACUGGAAAAAGCAUCGCCUCUGGUCCUCAGUCCUAUCCCUUUCGUCUUCAAGUGUUGUGCGGUGUGGUGCGUCUUAACGUAGAACGCAUGAGACCAAUCAGAAAGCAUAAUGUCAGCUACGCUCGCACCGGGUCCUUUGUCGCUGACCCGCCCGGCCCGCGGGCGUGCCGCCUGCCCGCCCGGGCGUACGCACAAGAGUAA